AGAGUGGAUCAUCGGGGUCCUCAAAGGGAUAAGAUUGAACCGGAAGGGUAAGAAGGGUCAGCGACCGACAGCAGAGCAGUGCGCUGCAAGUCAAGUGGCCACGGUAAAAGCUGAAGAGGAAGCGAAAGUACGCAUCUACCUUUCUCUCGAGAGCUCGCUUAUCAGCGGCACUCGACGGCUAAUUUUAAGCCGUUUCCUGUAUGCGGCCGGACCACCAGGUCACUGUGAUGAUCAGCCGUCAUGGCCCGGCCGACAGCGACGACCCUGACGAGUCUCCUGGUGCUGCUGAUGAUGACGAUGGCGGUCUGCUCGUCGCACGGGAUCGUCGCCACCACCCAACCGCCCUUCGCCAUAGUCCUGAAGGCCGUGAAGCUGCAUGGGGGAUACAUGGAGGUGGUCCAGGAGCGGAGGUGCUCCCACGGUCUCCUCCGAUUGACCUGCAGGUCAUUGAAAGCAUUCAUCUUUAUCCUGAAAGCGGAAUACCACGCGAAUCACACGGAAUUCUGUUUGAAAAAGAAGCUGGCCGAGCUAAAGAUGCCGAACAAAGGUAGCACUCGUCUGUGGAUGGACGUCAGAGAACUUAAAGGGAACUACAUCCUCGACGCCGAGGACGACGUGUCUGACGUUAUCGACAUCAGAUCCUCUUUGAAUAGGAGGUGCUCCGGCCAGAAACACUGUCGUUAUGACGCAAGCAUCGAUCAUCCGGGGGCUAAUGCCUGGACCCCAGGUGGAAUUUUGCUGAAGUACGCCUGCAUACCGGAAGCUGCGGUCAGACGAUAUUGCAACCAGGAGGUGAAGGUAACCGUCGGCGAAGGAGGCUACAUAAACACUCCGGGUUACCCGUUAUACUAUCUUGGCGAGGAAACGUGUGGCUGGACCUUCAAGACCCUUCCGGGUCAGAGAAUAGUUCUGACCUUUCACGACUUGGAUAUCCGCGAUCCGAGGCCGGACGGAAGCUGCGUAGACGUCGUGAGAGUGCGGGACCACGGCAGCACUCUCUUCGAGUUCUGCGGCACCGCAGCCGGCGCCCGGGUCGUCUCGACUUCAAACGUGCUGACCCUUGACCUCGUCGCCUCCAGGAGGCUCUACAGCGCUCGCGGCUUCCUACUGCAGUAUCAAGGUGAGGGAAAUGAGGUCGCGAGAACUUGGGGAGUGCUGGGCUGUCCGGAGAUCGCGGCACCGAACGGAAGUUACGUGUCGAACGGUACGUUGACUUCGCGGACAUUCCUAUGCAAGUCGGGCAGCGUGUUUCCCGACAGCAAGGAGAGAAAAAGAACGCUCGAGUGCAGGAACGGCGUGUGGAACGAGACUGAUACCAAGUUGCCUGGUUGCAUAGCCACAUCAGCGGUGAUCCUGAAGACUGAGAACGAGCAUCACCACCUGGCAAGUUUGUCCGGGGACAAUAUCCUUGGUGCGGGGGUGAGAAUAGGACGUGGCGAGGACGCAGUCGCGAGUGGCAGCAGCAGCAACCCCAUUAUGGAUUCGGCGCAAUCGUCCAUGAUGAAGCAAGCGGACUACGUCGUAGACGUCGUGCUGCCAACGGUCCUAAUUGCUUUGCUGUUCGUCGGCAACGCGAUCAUCGUUUAUAUCAUCUUCCAGUAUAGAAAGAGAAAACUCCCAGCCGCGACACACGCCGAGGAGGUAGCUCUUCGGGGCCCCGUCGACUUGCCUGAGGGUCACGUGUGACUCCAGGGGCCCAGGCUAAUCGCGCACGUGGCCAACGGUACUAGCGGUAAAUCAUCGAUGUCCACGUGGGAGUCGGAAGCCGUCGCGGAGAUGACGCCGCCGCAGGUCCAGACCUGGAGGGACGUCGAGGCCCUCGCGACGAUUCCGUGCAAUUAGCUGAAGAGCCUCGAGAUGCAGCGCAAGAUGGACACAAGAGCGGCCUUCGAGGCCGCGAUGCGCGUCGACGUUUGUUCUCCAGCACGCAUUUAGCGCAAAACGUGGCUGUCCGAGGGUUCCGCGAUGAUUCACCAAUCCGUAGAAAGAAAAAGAAACAAAAAGAAAGUAAAUUAAAACUCAAAAUCAGGCUUGAAUUGCACUUGGCCUGAAACAGGUGACGAAUGUUGAAUUUGAUUUUCUCUUUUUGUUUUGUUUAAACUUUAAAUAUUCAACUUGGCUGAAUUUCGCAUCUCCAUCGAGUUUGAACGUCAAAGCUGUUUGAAGAAGCUUUCCACGAUGCGGACGGCCACUUUGAGGGCAAAAUGCGCUGCUGAGACUUGAGGCCCAGUGUUCCCAGAAAGGGUUCCGCGCAUGAACGGACUUGUAUCGACUCGAUAGUGUGUAAACUCGCGAGCCUAAUUAUAGUAAUGACCCUACGUACACGCACUUACGUUACUCUCUGUAUUAUAAUGUAAGGAAAUAAUAUAUUCUAUAUUUCGUCCAGAUUGUGGAUAAGUUAAAAAUAAACCAACGUUUUCUUAGUAGCCGCUUGCGCGUCUGUUCUCGAUUACUUUUUUAUUUAGUGAAGCUGAUUCUUUGACUCGAUAAUCCCAAAGAAAUGUAUCGGUUAGUUCGAUAUUUGUUAUAUAUUCAUUUCUAAAGGUCUUAAAGAAAGACAAAGUUCAUUUUUUUUCAACUCACCUAUUACAUUAAUUUUUAAUUUUAUCAUUCGCAUUACUUUUAAUUUAUUUUCUAUGCGUUUUACGGACUAUUUUCGCAGAUUGUUAAUAAAACACAAGAAAAUUAUAUAAAAAUAUAAAGAAAAUAAAAAAAAUGUAACUUAACUGUAGUUUUAUGUCACAAAAGUUGUAAGUAAAACUACUUAUUU